AUGCUAUUUCCAUCCUCCAAGAAUCCGUUUAACCGUGGAGUUGCACGGCGUGGCAGUUCAGUACCGUGGACAGAUGGCAUUGUACCAUACGAAUUCGCACCAGGAUAUACCCCGACACAAGUAGAAUUUAUUAUUGCUGCAAUGCAUCAACUCGAGCGUUUAAUAGCAAUCAAUAAUGUACAAUGCAUUAUGUUCCGACCGAGAAUAUCAUCUGAUCCAUAUUAUAUUAGAGUUACUAAUGGCAACGGUUGUUCAUCCUACAUUGGACAAAAUACUGGUGUUACUAUGAAUCGUACAGUGACGCUAAAUUACCCUGGAUGCUUUGUGCAGGCUAUUAUUAUGCAUGAACUAUUGCAUACACUAGGUUUCUUUCAUGAGCAGUCACGGCCAGAUCGUGAUGAAUAUAUUCGAGUUAAUUAUGAAAAUGUGAUAUUAGGCAUGGAAAGCAACUUUGAAAAAUAUGAUAACAGCAUAGCAGAUACAUUAAAUACACCCUAUGAUUAUGGUUCCGUAAUGCAUUAUCCAAAUAAUGGCUUUUCUUCAAAUGGUCUUCCAACAAUCGAACCACUUCAACCAAAUGUUACAAUUGGCCAACGUGCCAAUUUGAGUGCGAUCGAUAUACAAGAAGUUCGAAUAUUGUACAACUGUUCAGCCACUGGAAUUACAUUACCAUUACGUACGACAACCACAGCCCCUAUGGUACAUUUGAUCAAUAUAACUGUUUCCUCGGCAUUGACUGUUAAUAAUCCAACAUAUGAUCGUCGCGAUAACGGCAAUUCCAGUUGCUAUUAUGAUACAUUCAAUCUAAGUGUAUCUUUGGCUGGAACUUAUUACAUUGGUAGUAACAGUGCAAUGGAUACCUAUGGCUCUCUUUACAAUGGUAUUUUCAUACCAAAUCGUCCAGAUUUGAAUUUUAUUGCAUCCGAUGAUGACAGUGGUGAUGACAGUAGACAAUUUCAGUUACAGCUUUUUCUUGAGCCACAUGUGCAAUAUACUUUGGUUGCCACGACAUUUUCUAAUAUGGUCACUGGGCCAUAUGCAGUGAUAGUGUCUGGACCACAAAGAGCCACUCUCAUUCUAACGAGUAUCGUUGGGACGACACCAGUGGCUCCCAUUACAACUGGUAGUUAUUCAACCAAUCCAGCAACCGUGAUCUAUAUGAUUAAUACGACUGCUUUCUCGGCACUGACUGUGAAUAAUCCAAUAUAUGAUCGUCGCGGUGACGGCAAUUCGAGUUGUUAUUAUGAUACAUUCGAUCUCAGUGUAUCUAUGGCUGGAAUCUACUACAUUGGUAGUAACAGUGCAAUGGAUACCUAUGGCUCUCUUUACAAUGGUAGUUUCAUACCAAAUCGCCCAGAUUUGAAUUUAAUUGUUAAUAACGAUGAUAGCAAUGAGGGCACGCAGUUUGGAUUUGCAGUAUCUCUUCAACCACAUGCGAGAUAUACUUUGGUUGCCACAACAUUUGCUGAUUUUGAAACUGGACGAUAUACAGUGGUCGUGUCUGGACUGCAAAGAGUCACUCUCAUUCGAACAACAAUUAUAGGAACGACACCAGUGGCUCCCGCAACAACUGAUAGUUACCAAACGUUCCCAACAAUUAUAUUAAAUAUAUUGAAUACGUCUGCCUCAUCAAUAUUGACCUCCGAUAAUCCAGCAUAUACGCGUCCAGAUGCUUCCAACGGAAGUUACUACUAUGAUACAUUUAGUCUGAUGGUUCCAAUGGGCGGAAACUAUGAUAUUGGUAGUAAUAGCGUACUUGACACCGCUGGUUCUUUGUACGAUGGUGAUUUCGUACCAGAUCAUCCUGAUUUGAAUAUAGUAAAAUAUAAUGAUGACAGUGGUGGAAGUUCGCAGUUUCGAUUGGAAGUUUUUCUUCAAGCGCAUGUAAAAUAUACUUUGGUAAUUACAACAUUCAAUGAACGGACCACUGGGCCAUAUACAUUGAUAGUAUCUGGUUUAAUGCUUGUGAGUCUUAUUCGAACAACUGGUAUGGCAGUAACACAAAUGACCCGCACAACAACAGAUCGGUUCAGUACUGCACAGACGACUAAUGCGUACAUGAUCAAUACAACUGCUUGGUCAACGCUAAGUUUGGCUAAUCCAAAAUAUGCUCGUCCAGAUACUUUAAACUCAACUUACUACUAUGACACAUUUAAUGUAAUGACAACUGUAGCUGGUUUGUACACCAUUGUCAGCAAUAGUAGUAUUGAUACUUAUGGCUUCUUGUACAAUGGCAGUUUCUUUCCAAAUUCACCGACUCGUAAUUUAGUGAUAUCCGAUGAUGAAAGUGGUGGAAAUUCACAAUUUCAGCUCCGUGUGUAUCUUCAGUCUUAUGCUCAAUAUGUUUUGGUUGUAACAACAUUUUAUGAGAACGUCUUUGGUUCAUACAUGGUAAUGACAUCAGGUUUAGGACAUGUGAAUAUUCUUCGAACAACUGUUACAAUAACGACACAAAUACCUAGCACAGCAACAUCUGUUUUCAAUACUAAGACAAGUACUACGGGAUAUAUGUUCAAUACAAUUGCUUCAUCGAUAUGGACUAAUAAAAACCCAACGUAUGCUCGCCCGCAUGGUUCAAAUUCAAGUCGCAACUACUACUAUGAUACAUUCGAUGUAACAGCAAGGAUACCCGGCCUGUACACUAUUGUUAGUAAUAGCACUAUUGAUACGUAUGGUUACUUGUACAAUGGCAGUUUUAUUCAAAAUUUUCCCCUUUGGAACUUAGCAGCAUUCGAUGAUGAUAGUGCUGGCAGUGGACAGUUUCGACUCAAUGUAUACCUCGAAUCGUUUGUGACAUACACUUUGGUUGCUACAACAUUCAGUGACAACACCAACGGGCCAUACACAGUGAUAGUGCGAGGACCAACGCAAGUGUCUAUCAUUCGAACAACUAUUGAAUCCAUGCCAAAUACCACUACACUAACAUGUAUGUAA